GUCGGAAUAUUUCCAAGUGAUUGUGUUAAAGUGUUUGAUGGUAAAACAGUGCAAUCGACGGAUCAGCAGGUUUGUUCCUCAGCCAGCUCUGCUGCGGUUACUGCACUUAACGGUGACGCUUGCGACGCAGCAGCGGCCAGUUCGGCGCUGACAAACGAAAAAACAAUAAAAACGAAGCUGAGCCCACGCCGGAAUCGUUCGUUGGUCCGAGCACUGUUGCACCGACAUGCCCAGCGACAAGCGCCACCUGUUUUUGGAACAGAUCUCAUCGAAUAUCUGCGAAAAACCGGUGACGAUGUGCCAAUUAUAUUGAAGAAGUGUGUGGAAGCAAUUGAGAUGCAUGGAAUCGUUACAGGUGUGUACCGUCAGUGUGGAAUCCAGUCAAACAUCCAGAAACUCAGCCCACGCCGGAAUCGUUCGUUGGUCCGAGCACUGUUGCACCGACAUGCUCAGCGACAAGCGCCACCUGUUUUUGGGACAGAUCUCAUCGAAUAUCUGCGAAAAACUGGUGACGAUGGUCAGUUAUUACGGCUUUUGUGUUAUCAGAUUUAUUUUGAAUUGCAUAAAUCACCUGUGGAAGCAUUUGCAGUGCCAAUUAUAUUGAAGAAGUGUGUGGAAGCAAUUGAGAUGCAUGGAAUCGUUACAGGUGUGUACCGUCAGUGUGGAAUCCAGUCAAACAUCCAGAAACUCAGGUAA